AUGACGAACCCCAACGACCACUGGACUAACCAGGGAAUCCCGUUGGGUCAGCCAUUCAACCGCCAGAAUCCACCUGUUUUGCCACCACCAGCUACGUUGGAGGCGGGAGGUCAGCAAUUUGCACCUUUCACGUCGCUCCCCGCCUUGGGCAACAGAGCCGGUAACUCGCCAGGUCACGUCUUCACCAUCCCGUCGAUCAGCCUGGCAGAUGAUCGCAGACCUCACGUUUCAGGAUACCCGCCCCUCGGCUCGCAUCUGCCAACGUCGUCGAUUUACCUGCUCACAAACCAAGAGCAUCCAAAGGAUCACCAGACUCAGUUACCCCAGCAGCAGUUACCACUGCAACAACAGCAACAACAACAGCAGCAACAACAACAGCAACAACAACAGCAGCAACAACAACAGCAGCAACAGCAGCAACAGCAGCAGCAGCAGCAACAACAACAACAGCAGCAGCAGCAGCAGCCACCACAACUGCAACAGGUCCCCCAGCAGCAGCAACAGCAACAACAACAGCAGCAGCAGCAGCAGCAGCAGUCGCCAGUGCAGACACAUACGCAACCCAAACCUCCAUCGCAGCCUCAGCAAACUUCGAAUGGCGAGAAAGAAGUCAAGUCGGAGCCUCCGGUGGCAGCAGAUCAAACCCUGCAAGGGUCGCCGUUGAUGGGUGGCCAACAGCGUUCGGCGUCCAUUCCCCAGGGCGUAAUGAACAGAAGCUCUACUUCCAGUGCAUACAGACCGUUGAACGUUAAGGACGCUUUGUCAUACUUGGACCAGGUCAAGAUUCAGUUCGAUAACCAGGCUGACGUCUACAACAACUUCUUGGACAUCAUGAAGGACUUCAAGUCUCAGAGCAUCGACACUCCUGGCGUCAUUGACCGUGUAUCGUCGCUUUUUCGUGGCCAUCCCAACUUGAUCCAAGGGUUUAACACAUUCUUGCCUCCAGGUUACCGGAUUGAGUGCUCGUUGGAUCCAAUGGAUCCCAAUCCUAUCAGGGUCACCACACCUACUGGAACGACUACCAGACCAGACAUAUCUGGUGCUCCUUAUGGCUCACAAUGGGGCGCAGAGCAGCCCCCAGCAAUGCAAGCUGCACCUUUCCCCAAUGAGCAGCAACCUCCACAGGGUGCUGGUGGCCAGAUCGAGUUCAACCACGCCAUUUCAUAUGUGAACAAGAUUAAGACGCGCUUUGCUAACCAGCCAGAUAUCUACAAGCAGUUCUUGGAGAUUUUGCAAACGUACCAGCGUGAGCAGAAGCCCAUUGGCGAAGUUUACGAGCAGGUGACCCAGUUGUUUGCUAAUUCGCCUGAUCUUCUCAACGACUUUAAGCAGUUUUUGCCUGAUAGCGGUGCACAGCCAUACUUGCAACCCAGACCUCCCCACCAGGAACAAAUUUUGGCGCAAGCAGGCCAGCACGUUCACAGCGAAAAACCUCCCUACUUCCAGGGUAACGGGUCUGCACAGCUUCCUCCUUUGGGCAACUUCCAGCCUAACGCUGGAGGUGCCCCACUUGUGGGUCAAGAGCAACAGUACCGUAACAACUAUCAAAUGCCAACAGCUCAGGAAGUCGGUCUUGGUGGACAGAUGAUUCCAGAAGGACACCAAAAGAGUGAGAACUUUGCCUACGAAAACAACUACAAUGAUGAAGCCCAGUUCUCGAGCGUCCGUGGUGGCCCUCCAGUCGCAGUUCCCAAACAGAAGUCUGGCACUCCAGUUUACUCUGGAGCAGUCAAGACUAAUGCUAAAGUCAAUCCAACUUUGGUCCCUGGUAUUCCCGAGCCAGUUCCUCCUACUGCAGUUGGGCAGACUUCCUCGUUGCUGGAGGAGCUUGGCUUCUUUGACAAGGUGAAGAGAGCCAUUGGAAACAAACAAACUUAUAAUGAGUUCUUGAAGAUUUUGAACUUGUACUCACAAGAUAUUAUCGAUAAGGACACGUUAGUAGAGAGGGUCGACUCCUUUCUCGGUGAAAACCAUUUCGACUUGCUUAACUGGUUCAAGCAAUUUGUGGGCUACGAGGAGAAGACUCAGCAUAUCGAGGAUAUCACAUUCAAGAAGCAUCAACUAGAGCUUUCGUUGUGUAAGGCCUACGGUCCUUCUUACCGUCAACUUCCGAAGGUCGAAACCUAUAUGCCCUGUUCUGGAAGGGAUGAGAUGUGCUGGGAAGUCUUGAAUGACGAAUGGGUAGGCCACCCAACUUGGGCUUCAGAGGACUCUGGAUUUAUCUCUCACAGAAAGAACCAAUACGAAGAAAUACUAUUCAAGAUUGAAGAAGAGAGAUUAGAGUUCGACUACCAUAUGGAGGCCAACUUGAGAACUAUCCAAACAUUGGAGACUAUUGCCAACCGAAUUGCUAACAUGACCCCAGAGCAAAAGGCAAGCUUCAAGCUUCCUCCAGGUUUGGGACAUGCUUCGCAAACAAUCUACAAGAAAGUCAUUCGUAAAAUUUAUGACAAGGAUAGAGGUUUUGAAGUUAUUGAUGCUUUGCAUGAGAAUCCCGCUGUCGCUGUGCCAGUUGUCUUGAAGAGACUUAAGCAGAAGGACGAAGAGUGGAAGAGAGCUCAGAGAGAAUGGAACAAAGUUUGGAGAGAAAUGGAACAGAAGGUGUUCUACAAAUCUUUGGACCAUUUGGGUUUGACAUUCAAGCAGGCUGACAAGAAGUUAUUGACAGCUAAGCAGCUAGUUAGUGAGAUCAGUACUGUCAAGGUUGAGCAACAGAACAAAAGAGUACAUCCAUUGACUCCUAAGUCACAAGAGCAAUUGAAUUAUUCAUUCUCUGAUAACGAAGUGAUUUUUGAUAUCUUAAGACUCUCUGAGUUCUACAUUUUCCAUUCCUCAAACUAUUCUGCUAAUGACAGAGAAAAGUUAGGAGCAUUCUUCAAGCACUUCAUCGGCUUGUUUUUCGGAAUUCCUAGCGAGACCAUUGAAGCCGCCUUAGGUGCAAGAAAUGCUGAUUCCACUCUAGUCGAAGAUUCGAAGCAUGAAGAUGCAAAUGAGUCCACUGAGACGAAUGGAUCCGCCGAACCUUCGGUUUCUAAGAAACGUCAUCGCGAAACCGACUUGUUGCGUGACGUUUUGAAGAAACAAUCAAAGUCUAGAAAAGAAGAACCCGAUGACUCGCCAGCCAGUGAAAGUGAAGAGCCGGAUCUUGCAGAUGAAGUUGAAAGAUCAGGAGAGUUGUGGAUACGUACCACUUCUUCCAAGUUUUCAAUCGCUGAAGUCGGCAGAGAAGAAAAGCGCAGUAAAUUCAACUUCUUCUGCAACACAACCAUUUAUGUUUUCUUCCGUCACUUCAGAACACUUUACGAGCGUCUCGAGGAGGUGAAGGGGAUGAAUGAGAAAGCAGGAAAGGAGAUUCGCUCACGCCAAGUUCCCCAAUUCGCCAAGGAUCUCAAUUUGGUCUCUCACCAGUUGGAGGACAUGGGUGUGGAAAUUGACGGUUCUAAGGACUGCUACAGACAAGUUCUCUCUUUGGCUGAGAGACUCUUGGACGGUGAAAUUGAACAUCAAUGGUUCGAGGAAAGCUUGCGUCAAGCCUAUCGAAAUAAGGCGUACAAGUGCUACACAGUGGAUAAGGUUGUCCAGUCUUUGGUCAAACAUAUGCAUACCAUGGUGACAGAUUCUAAGACAUCAGAGAUGGUGGUUUUGUUUGAGCAAGACAGAAACAGCCCUUCGUCAACAGCUAAAGACCAGAUAUUAUACCGUAUGCAAGUCAGAGCUUUGAUGAGCAAUGACGAGAAUAUGUUCAAGAUCACCUUCAAGGAAUCAGAAAACAGAGUGAACAUUCUGUUUGUCAGCUUGGACGACUUGACGAUCAGUGACCAUGUCAACAGCGAGGAAAGCUACAAUUACUAUGUUACAUCUUACGUCAUGUCACAUCCAACAGAGGGGGUCCCUGCCUCCAAGAUUAAUAUGCCAUUCCAUAAGGGUUUCAUUGAGGCAGUUGAGGAAGAGCAAUGCGAAGGUAAGGCGUCUCCUGGACUUAAAGUGUCUAUUUGCGAGAACUCAUACCGCUUAUUCUUCGAAUCCAACGGACAAGAUGAAUUCACAGCUAAUUCAGUCUACUCGAAGCAAAAGGAACAACCCAAGACCAAGGAAGAGAAACUCAGUGAACUCAAGACAUUAUUGGACGAUUCUGAAACUGGAUGGGGUGCUCAUUUAGAUACUGAAACAAGGGCAAAGUCCAAUGAGAGGUUCGAAGUUCUUUUGAAAAAGGGCGCUCAGGAAUAUAAGUCUCUUAGUAUUGGAUAUCAAUCAAAAGAUGCCGAUUCUGCCACAACAGAGGCUAACGAUAAAAAUGGCGAGAAUGACGACGCGGGAAUUCAACAAAAGGCUGCCGAUAUGACUGUUGAUGUAGAUGCCACUGUCGUCAACGAGCACAAUGACACCACCAUUCAACAGGAAGCCAAUGACACGACCAUGGAAGAUGCAUCCAACCAGGAUAACAGCGUUGCUGGGGAAACGCAAACUGUUGCAUCGGAACCAGGCUCUGAAGCAGUUAACCAAGGGAACAAAAUUUGA